AAGUUCGAGCUUCCUCUGGAUUGUUCCCAAUGGAGUCCUACCAGCAAAUGCCCGACGCCAAGAGAUCCUCCCAAAAUCCACGAGCCUUCGCCGAAUGCCUCCACCAAUUCAGUCUGUCCGGAGUACUUCCGAUGGAUUCACUACGACCUGCGCUACUGGAGGAACACCGGAAUCACGGAGAAGAUGGUGGAAGCUGCGCGGCUUACGGCGCAUUUCCGCCUAACGGUCUUGGACGGGAGAAUGUACGUGGAGACGUUCCGAGAGUCGAUUCAGACGCGAGCUUUGUUCACGGCGUGGGGAAUCGUGCAGCUGAUGAGGAGAUAUCCUGGAAAAUUGCCGGAUUUGGAACUUAUGUUCGACUGCGAUGACCGGCCGGUCUUGCCGGAGAUUGAGUAUGGGAAGGAUGGGUCGGAGCAGCCGCCGCUGUUCCGGUACGGCUCGGAUUGGGAGAGCUUGGAUAUCGUGUUCCCUGAUUGGUCGUUUUGGGGAUGGGCAGAGAUAAAUAUAAAGCCAUGGAAAAGCUUGCUGGAAGACAUAAAAGAAGGGAAUAAAAGAACAAAAUGGGAGGACAGGGUACCCUAUGCCUAUUGGAAAGGCAAUCCCGAGGUUGCUCCGUGGAGAGGUGACCUUAUGAAAUGCAAUGCAACCAAUCAAAACGACUGGAAUGCACGCCUCUAUGUUCAAAAUUGGUUAGCAGAAUCUGAAAGUGGAUACAAACAAUCGAAUCUUCAAGACCAGUGCACUCAUCGGUAUAAAAUUUAUAUAGAAGGAUACGGAUGGUCUGUGAGUGAAAAGUAUAUUUUGGCCUGCGACUCUCCAACCUUACUAAUGACCUCACGGUGGUAUGAUUUCUUCGUAAGAAGCAUGGUUCCUCAGCAGCAUUAUUGGCCUGUCCGAGAUGAAGAUAAAUGCCGGUCCCUGAAAUUCGCUGUUGAAUGGGGAAACAAUCACCCGGAAAAGGCGAAGAACAUUGGCAAAGCCGGGAGUCGGUUCAUCCAAGAGGAUUUAAAGAUGGAAUACGUCUACGACUACAUGUUCCAUCUUCUAACCGAAUAUGCAAAGCUCUUGAAGUACAAGCCUAGCAUUCGACCCAAUGCCACCGAGCUUUGCGCAGAAGCAAUGGUGUGCACGGCAGAUGGAAAUGCACGAAAGUUCAUGGAAGAAUCGUUGGAGAAGACUCCAAGCGAUUCGAUUCCAUGUGCAUUGCCUCCACCAUUCAGUCGUAAAGAACUCAUUAUUCAUCGAGCUAAAAUGUUGAAGGCCGAGAAUGAAGUCAAGAGAUGGGAAAUGAAAUAUUGGGACAAACAAAAUAUCGAAAAACCGGAACAGCCCGAUUAGCCGAUAGAGGUAUGUUGUUUCUUCUCAUAUCAUAGUGAACCUUCAUUAGUUUUUUCU